AUGGACAUUGACUAUGAUUACACAAGUGUAGAACUCCGGAGACGUGCCAAAUUUGUUUUAGAAGAAAAAGGACUUUCUCCGAACUUAAAAACACUGGAAGUCUCCACUGUUCCGCCUUUUUCUUUAACUCUGGGACAGCUUCAAGCGAUUUUUUCUGUUUUCGGAGAAAUAAAAGAGGCAAAAAUAGAGGAUGAUUUAGGAAUUAUUACGUUUUCUCAUACGGCGGGCGCGUUUUUAGCAAAAGAGACGCUAAAUGAAGUAGAUAUUGAAGAAAUGGGCAUCAAAUUUUUUUUUUCUAAAUUAAAUAUGGGAUUUGGGCUUUUAAAACUAGAAUUUUGAUUAAUUUAUUAUAAAUAGCAUAAAAAUUGACUGAAAAGAUGUAAAAAGCACUGAAGAAAGCAACAAAAGAUUUGAGGUUCCUGAUACUUUUGUCCCUUUGCCAAGCUUAGAUAUAGACGAUACCCCUUGUCUAGUCGCAGGACCUUUAAAAUACGUAGCAAAAUUUCCUAUAAACAUCAUUGAGGAAUCAGGUUUUCAUUUAAAAGAAAAAAUCCUCGGAGCAAAAGGCUGUAAUUUUCGAAAAAUCGUCGAAAUUUGCGCGAGAGGGUCACAUCUCCCUGAAAAGCCAAAGCAUUUAGUAUCACUGAAGCUUGAGAAAAAAGAGGGCAUUUUUCAAAUAAUUUUAUCAUCAAAAUUUUUAGAUAUAGCACAGCUCUUAUUUUGACGUUUAGGAAAAAUAUCUUGCAAAGGAAAAAUUUGCAUUAAAAAUUGCAUUUUAUUUGAUGAGUCAAAAUUCGAAUUUGCAGCAAAUUUUCAUUAAAAAAAAUUUAUUUUAAAAGAUAGCUUUCUUUAAGAGGUAAUAACCCUAAGAAAUCUAAAAGAGAGAUUUUGCUAUAAAUUCCAGCAGUGCGAAAAUUUGGUAUAUGAGCUUGUAAACGUAAUUUAUGAAGAGUAUAAGAGAUAUUGUGAAAAGCAAGGGACAAGUCCUCCAGAUUUAAGGGUAAGAAAAGUUGAACAAAUAAAAGGAAGGGCUCGAGCUUUUAGGGAAGGGAUAAAAGACCCUUCAAUAUACACGAUUUCAAAUCAUAAUUAA